AGUUCUAUUGUGACUAAACGAUGACACUGGUAAUAGGGUUGGUAGGGGCCCUAGGGGGAGUAGUGGAGGCAGUAAAGGAUGUACUAGAGAAAAGGAGUAUCUCCUUAGGGCAACUAAAGGAGGCUUUAGAGAAGAUACUGGAGGUAGUGAGUAAACUAGUGGAGGUAGUGAAGAAGAAGGAUGGUAGUGGGAAUGGAAAUGUGAAGGGGGCACUACAGGAGGUGAAGGGGAAACUAGAAGGGGCUCAGACGGCACUAAAGGCGGCUAAGAAGGAACUAGAAAAGCCGGGGGUGAAUGGUAAUCUAGAGACGGCUAAGGCUGAUCUAGGGAGCGUUAAGGGGGAACUAGAGGAGCUAUCAAAUGGUAAAAGUGGUAAACAAGGAUUACUACAGGAAAUGUGGGAGGCAUUAGAAAACUAGGUGAUAGUCAGAAGUCACUUAAGGA